AUGAGCCGGGGCCGCGCACGCCGGCCGGUUCCUGGCAGCGUCGACAUCCGCGCCGGCGCGCUCCUCCUCCUCCUCCUGGCGUCCGCCGUCCUGCUGGCAGCAGCGUCCGCCGUCCUGCUGGCAGCAGCGUCGUCGUCGGAGGCGGUGGACUACGGCGCGGCGCUGUCCAAGAGCCUGCUCUACUUCGAGGCGCAGCGGUCGGGGCGGCUGCCCCACAACCAGCGCGUGCCGUGGCGGGGCCACUCGGGCCUCACCGACGGCCUGCAGCAAGGGGUGGACCUCGUCGGCGGCUACUACGACGCCGGGGACCACGUCAAGUUCGGCCUGCCCAUGGCCUUCACCGUCACCAUGCUCGCCUGGGGCGCCAUCGACUUCGCCGACGACGUCGCGGCCGCCGGCGAGUGGGGCCACACGCUCGAGGCCAUCAAGUGGGGCACUGACUACUUCAUCAAGGCGCACACCGAGCCGUUCGUCUACUGGGCAGAGGUGGGGGACGGCGACACGGACCACUGCUGCUGGCAGCGGCCCGAGGACAUGACGACGUCGCGGCAGGCGUACCGCAUCGACAAGGACAACCCGGGCUCCGACCUCGCCGGCGAGACCGCCGCCGCCCUCGCCGCGGCCUCCAUCGUCUUCCGCCGCUCCAACCCGCAUUACUCCCACCUCCUCCUGCACCACGCCCAGCAGCUGUUCGAGUUCGGCGACCGGUACCGCGGCACGUACGACAGCAGCAUCGCGGAGGUGCGCAGCUACUACGCGUCCGUGAGCGGCUACCAGGACGAGCUGCUGUGGGCGGCGCUGUGGCUGCACCGCGCCACGGGACGCGACGAGUACCUCCGCUACGCCGUCGACAAGGCCGAAUCCUUCGGCGGCGUCGGCUGGGCCAUGACCGAGUUCAGCUGGGACGUCAAGUACGCCGGCGUCCAGGUCCUCGCCGCCAAGCUGCUGCUGGAGGGCGAUCCGGCAGCCCUGAAGCACGGCGCGGUGCUGGAGCAGUACAAGGCGAAGGCGGAGCACUACCUGUGCGCGUGCCUGGGCCGGAACGGCGGCAAUGGCAGUGACAACGUGGAGCGGAGCCCCGGCGGGAUGCUGUACGUGCGGCAGUGGAACAACCUUCAGUACGUCUCCAGCGCCGCCUUCCUCCUCACCGCCUACUCCCGCUACCUCUCCGACGCCGACACCUCCUCCGCAGGCGGCCGCGGCCAGGGCCUCCUCCGCUGCCCCGUGGGCGCCCACGCCGCGCCGUCCGACCUGCUGGCUCUGGCGCGCUCGCAGGCGGACUACAUCCUGGGCCGCAACCCGCUGCGGCUCAGCUACAUGGUCAGCUACGGCCGCCGGUACCCGGUCCACGUGCACCACCGCGGCGCCUCCAUCGUCGCGCACAAGGCCAACAGCCGCUUCAUCGGCUGCAUUCAGGGCUUCGACGACUGGUUCAGCCGGGGACGGCCCAACCCCAACGUGCUCGCCGGCGCCAUCGUCGGCGGGCCCAACUGCAGGGACGAGUUCCGGGACGACCGCUGGAACUACAUGCAGACCGAGGCCUGCACCUACAACACCGCGCCCAUGGUCGGCGUCUUCGCCAGGCUGCACCGCCUGGCGACGGCGAGGGGUGCCGCCGGAGAGGGACGGCCGAUGAGGCGGAGUGUAGAUAAUAUUAAAAUGGUGGCAGUGGUGUCGAAAUUAAGCGGCCAGGCGGGAUAA